AAAAAGGUUGCAUUUUCCUGGUCUGAAACGAUACCCAGGAAGGGCAAAUACUUUCCUUAAUCCGAAACCAUUUACAUGAUUUGACAAUCAGAACUACGAGCAUAAAUCUGUUUGUAUCAACCCUAAUCUCUUCAUUUCUGCACAUUUCAUUCCCAAAACCCGCUUUCUUUUUCCUUGUUGUCGCGGCACUGUUGAGGAAUAGAAGGGGACGAAGGAAAUUUGAGUGGGCAUCAAAAUUGACACAGAAGAAGUGAAAUCAGCUCUAGUUUCAUAUCCUCACUGAAUCCUCUUUCAAGCAACAGGAGCAUGGAUGCGCAAGCCAAAAAAAAAGCUCUGUUUCGUGCUAAAUUGAAUGCCCAGAAGAAGGAAAAACGCAUAGAGUCUCCUCUUGUGAGGUAUAAUGAAUUUGAUCAACCUGUUUGUCGGGUUUGUGAUGUUGUUCUAAAGUCUGAGUCUUUAUGGGAUGCGCACCAAGUUUCUCGUAAGCAUCGUGAGGCAAUAAGUAAUUUGAAAGCUAAUGCUACUGGAUCAACUCAGCACAAAAGUGCUAAGCCUGGUACUGAUACCUCCAAGACUAAACUAGAACAGCCAUCAGACUCACAAUCCAAACUUCCAGAUGGUUCACAAGAAGUGCCUAAACCUCAGUCAUCAUCGGUGCUUCCACCAGGUUUUUUUGAUGACAGUGAUGCAAGAAAGAUAAGAUCUGAGAAGGAGUCUUUCCAUUUAGUGGACUCUGAUUCAGGUAGAAAAGUGGGACUUUCUGCUCAAAGUCAGGUGUUAAACUUGGAUGAGAAAGGUCAUUUCGGUGGCAAUGAUGCUGCAAAGUCAAAUGUUGAUCAAACAACAACAGGGAUUAGGCAGACAUCAGUUAAGGCUACUGAUACAGAGAUCAAGCAAGUAAAAGGGAUUCUGCCCGAAGGAUUUUUUGACAGCAAGGAAGCUGAUUUACGCGCACGUGGGAUCAAGCCUGUUAAACCAGAUAUCAAAGAUGAGUACAAGGAAUUUGAGAAGUUGAUUCAAGAAGACUUGCAGCAGGUGGAUGACCGGUUUGAAGAAGAAGAGAUUGAUGCUGCUGAAAUGAUAGAAGAAGCUGAAUCUGUGGAGCAAAAGAUCCUUAGGGAGAAGGUGGAAAUGUUGAAGAAGAGGAGAUUGGAGCUAAAGGCUGCUAAGUCUACAAAGCAUAGUAAAUCAUCUGAGGUUGUAACAAAGGAGCCCAGACACGAAGAGUCGUCCAGUGAUGAUGAAAGUGGUGAGAAUUUUGCUGUGGACUGGAGAGCACAACACUUGUGAUUUGUGAAUACUUUGUUAAAAUUUUGUAUUUCUUAAAUUUCAAAACUGGAAUAUAUGUACAUUCAUAUCAUAUUUUGUUUGUACAAUUUUAUUAUCGUUCUCUUAUCUAUGUUUAGCCAAUUUUUUCCCUCUU